ACCUUCUACUCACCAUGUGACAGAUCUAAUAAUUCGUGAAACGCACACGAAAACUUAUCAUUCUGGUAUUCAGAGUACACUUUAUAAUAUCCGACAUAGGUUCUGGUUGCUCGAUGGAAAAAAUCAAGUCCGUCGAAUAGUAAGGCGAUGUGUCGACUGUAUUCGACAUCGCCCAGUUUUAUUGCAUGGUAAAAUGGCAGACUUACCAAGUGCACGUGUCACUGAUUCAGCUGCAUUUUCUCAUGUAGGAGUGGAUUAUUUUGGACCUGUAUCUAUUAAGGAAAAGAAAUUUAGAAAUCGGACUAUUAUUAAGGCGUAUGGUUGUGUCUUUAUUUGCAUGGCUACCAAAGCUGUACAUCUCGAAAUCGUAAGCGAUAUGACGACUGAGGGAUUUUUGGGUGCCUUCGGACGAUUUAUCGGUCGUCGAGGCGUUCCAUCUCAUGUUUAUUCAGAUAAUGGAACUAAUUUUGUAGGCGCAAACAAUGAACUCCGAGAACUAUAUUAUUUACUUGAAUCUGAACAGCAUCAGGGCAGAGUUAAGGAAUAUGCCGUACGUAAAAACAUUACUUGGCAAUUUAACCCACCAUUGUCUCCACACUUUGGAGGCAUUUGGGAGGCUGCCGUCAAAUCUUUCAAACAUCAUUUUAGACGAGUUGUAAAAAAUCAAAUUCUUACAUUCGAAGAAUUAAACACUCUUGCAGUGCAAAUCGAGUCAAUCCUUAACUCUCGAUCUUAUGCUCCUUAUCUAGUGAUCCUAACGAUCCACUAG